AUGGCUUUCGCUCAGAGUUCACAGUUGAAAAUGCAUUUAUGGACACACACGAAGAAAAAGCCAUUUGCCUGCGACUGCUGUGGACCGUGUUCGAAGACGCACACUGAAGAAAAGCAGCAUUCGUGUGAUUCCUUUGAAAAGACGUUUUCUAAGAGCUCAAAUUUGAAAACACAUUUGAAGACGCACACCAAACCACAUUCUUGCAAGUAUUGCGGAAAGAAAUUUUCUCAGAAUGCAAACCUGAUGCAUCAUCUGAAGAGACACACUGGAGUGAAAUUGUAUUCGUGUCUUCAUUGUGAAAAGGCAUUCCCCCAGAGCUCACUUUUGCAAGAGCAUUUAAGGAAACACGCAAAGAAAGAUUCAUUUUCCUGUGAUUACUGUAAAAAGGCAUUCCUCUAUAGAUCAGGGUUGAUGUACCAUUUAAGGACUCACACUAAAGAAAAGCCGCAUCCUUGCAAUUUUUGCGAAAAGACAUUUUCUUGUUCUUCAGGCUUAAAAAUUCAUUUAAGGAUACACACCAAAGAAAAACCGUAUGCUUGUGAAUAUUGUGACGAGAAAUUUUCUCAGCGUUCAACCUUGGGGACUCAUUUGAGGGUACACACUAAAGAAAAACCGUAUUGUUGCGAUUACUGUAAGAAGGCUUUUUCUACCAGUUCGAUUUUGAAAAAGCAUUUGAGGAUACAUACCGAAGAAAGGCCAUAUUGUUGCGAAUAUUGUGAAAAAACAUUUGGUAGAAGGGAGAAUUUGAAGCAACAUUUAAGGAUACACACUAAAGAAAAACCGUUUACUUGUGAUCAUUGCAAAAAAGCAUUUUCUCAGAGCUCUGCUUUGAAGUAUCAUUUAAAAACUCACUCUAACGAAAAACCGUAUUGUUGUGAUGUUUGUAAAAAGACGUUUUCUCUUAGACACAAUUUGACAACCCAUUUAAGGACUCACACAAAAGAGAAACCGUAUGUUUGUGACUACUGUAAAAAAGCAUUUUCUCAGAGUGGAGGCUUGCAAGUCCAUUUGAGGACACACACUAAAGAAAAACCCUAUGUUUGCGAUUAUUGCGGACAAUCAUUUGCUCAAAGUUCCAGCUUAAGCGUACAUAAAAAUGUACACACCAAAGAAAAGACAUAUACUUGCAAUCAUUGUGCAAAGACUUUUGUUAGAAGGCAGUCUUGGAAACAACAUUUAAGGGUACACACUAAAGAAAAACCAUUUUCUUGCGAUCAUUGUAAAAAAGCAUUCGCUCUGAGCUCCACUUUGACCCAACAUUUAAGAACACACUCUAACGAAAAACCAUUUUGUUGUGAUGUUUGUAAAAAGACGUUUUCUCGUAGUUCUAGUUUGAGAGUCCAUUUGAGGAUACAUACUAAAGAAAAACCGCACGUUUGCGACUAUUGUAAAAAAGCAUUUUCGUACAGAGGAACCUUGCGAAACCAUUUGAGGAUACACUAA